CCUGCACCUCCUGUAAAAAAAAAAAAUAACCGGGACGUGGUGCGAAUUUCCCCGUGAGGAGGAGACCCGGAGCUCCGCAUCCAUCCCGAACCGGCCGCGCAAUCAUGGCACCGUCCCUCAUCCGAGCUUGCCGCAGUCUGGCUCUCUCGACGUGGCUGCUGUCGUUUUGCUUCGUCCACCUGCUGUGCCUGGACUUCACGGUUGCAGAGAAGGAGGAGUGGUACACGGCGUUUGUCAACAUCACCUACCUGGACCCCGUCACUUCGGAGGUCAGGACAGAGAAAACCGAGUGCGGUCGCUAUGGCGAGCACUCGCCCAAGAGGGAAGCCAGAGGUCUGGUCCUGGUGCCGUCCCUCCCGCAGGACAGACAGGCGUGCGACCCGAGCGUCAGGUUCCCUCCUGUCUCCCCCAGCACCGCCUGGGUGGCGUUGGUGGCUGCGGGGAACUGCACAUACCGAGAGAAAAUCCGGAACGCUGCAAACCACAACGCGUCUGCAGUUGUCAUUUACAACGUGGGCUCCAUCGGUGCCAACGACACUAUAACGAUGCCCCAUCCAGGUACGGGCGACAUCGUGGCCAUCAUGAUCCCAGAGCCGAAAGGUCGUGAGAUUGUGGCCUUGCUGGAGCAGCACAUCGUGAUCACGUUGCACAUCACCAUAGGAACCCGUAACCUGCAGAAGUACGUGAGCAGAACGUCGGUAGUGUUUGUCUCCAUCUCCUUCAUCGUUCUCAUGAUCAUCUCCCUCGCCUGGCUCGUCUUCUACUACAUCCAGAGGUUCCGCUACGCUAACGCACGAGACCGCAACCAGAGGCGUUUGGGAGAUGCUGCCAAAAAGGCCAUCAGUAAGCUGCAAGUACACACCAUUAAGAAAGGAGACAAGGAGACGGAGUCAGACUUUGACAACUGUGCAGUUUGCAUUGAAGGUUAUAAGCCUAAUGAUGUUGUAAGGAUAUUACCAUGCAGGCAUGUCUUCCAUAAGCACUGUGUAGACCCGUGGCUGCAAGACCACCGGACGUGCCCCAUGUGUAAAAUGAACAUCCUCAAAGCUUUGGGAAUCCCACUCAAUGCAGACUGUUCAGACGAUGUUCCUCCAGACUACGAGACGUCCGUCGGGGGUCCGCCCACCAACCCCAUCAGCGGGGCGAGCGACAUCACCGUUAACGAGAGCUCAGUGGUUCUGGAUCCAGCCGGAAGAGUGAUAGGCCUGCAGCAGCUCCAUCCUAAUGCAGAGACAGAACCUCAGGCAGGAGAGGAGAGCCGCAUCAUCGCCAGCAGUGAGCACCAGCCCCCGCUCAGCAGUGAUUCAGACACCUCUAUCAUGGCCGUGGAGGUCGGCAUGUCUGAGGUAGAGCUGUCCACGGAGCCGGAAUGUGAAUGCGAGGUAACCAAAUCUUGACCCGGUCGACGCUGAGGAAAAAAAGCACAAAUCACCAGGAGAAGGAGAACGAGAGCGGGACAGAGCGAACGGGGGGGGGGGCCCAGAGGUUCGCCACGUCUUCCCCCCUGAGGGACGUGACUUCUCAGAAGAUGGGCAAAUGAGCAAUACAAACACCGCAGCACAAAAACACCCAGUGCUGUCUCUCCCGCAUCAGUGGGCAUGCUGCUUGCUCGUUUUCUAGCAGUCACACCUCAACAUGUUGCUGGUUUGACUGCCACGGUGACCAGACAGCCAAUCGCAGCUCUCUCCUUGUGGUGGCCCACGUUAUCUUUUCACAUCCUUAAACUCCAGCAUCUGAAAGGCACAUACAGCGUUGUAGCCCUUCGCAGUACUGAGAAGGCUGAAUACGUUUCUCCUCACGCUGGCAACCCCGAACCUGCUGCUGGACACACAAGCACAGGAGCAGCAGGGCCUCCUUAAUGCCAGUUUGCAGCUUUAAUCUUUCCAAAAACGAGUGCGGAUUGUUUGAUUUCUUGGUACGAGAUCACUGCCAACAUAUUCCAGAGGUUUUACUGUUGUGAUGGGUACACGUAUCGAGCCUUUAUCAGCCGUCCCUGACAGUUUGGUGUGAAUUCCCACCAGCAAUUUUCCAGCUUCAGACGUGGGUUCAUGUUAUUUUUCCCUUUGACUCGUCUUUAAGCUCAUGUGGUCAUGUGACAUUUGAGGAAUACGUAUGCACACCUAAUGCUGUAAUUUCUUAAUCUAACUUUCUGUUGCGAUUUUGUGAGACCUUCGCUUCUAUUUUACCAACCGAAUAUUCCUGCUGUUCUAACUGAACUAACCAAACACAACGCAGAUUUGUCUCACAUUUGACAAUCAUAGCUCGCCACAAGCGGUUUAGAAGUGAUGUCAUCCACUGCCCUACUGAAGCUGCUGCUGAGCUGCAGGUUAUCACAACGCAUGACGCUGGCGAUCAGUCGCUGCCGUCUGCAGGAUCUGUGUUCACACUGCUGCUGCAUGCAGCUGGCAGUCGCCACUACCAAAUCCUGGCAGUGUGCACAUACAUUACACAAACUUCCUACACUUGGCACCAGCCAAUAUGUCAAAAAGUCUCUGUGCCAAGAUGAUCAGUCGUAUUUUAAACCUUGUAGUUGUUCCUCAUGAGUCCCCUGGCUGUCAAACAGACUGAAUGUGUUCAUGAUAUGAGACCAAGGGUACAACAUGAGGACUUGGAUGGCUCACAGCUGAAAGAGGGACCGUUUGUUGCGGUGGAAAAAGACGGAGCUGUGAAUUCCCCAACAAAUGAGAUGCAUUUGAAAUGGUCGUGCUUUUCGUUUGAGGAAUUUGAAGCUCCGACCAUGCGAUGAAAAGCUCGCAGCAUGAAGAUGUUUACAGUUGUGGAAUACUUGAGAAGUUUUGUUUGGACUGCGUCCAUGCCGAGCCGGCUAAUUUUAGACAGCGACAUGCAUGCAGGCCGAGCGCGUUCUGGGUCAGGGGUUUUCACAAAGACCUCCACACAGAAAACACUUGAACAGUACAUUUUGUUCUUUUUCUUCAUCCAUGAAAAACUGCAUCACAGCUCAAUGUGUGCUAAGGAAUGAGUUAGACUGCUGUUUACUCUGCUGAGGCCGAAAGCACCUGCCAGAGCCUUUUCUGUUAUUCUGGUGUCUUCACCUUAAUCUUAAUUAAAAGCCCAAGAAUAAAGCAGGUUGCCACUCAGGUAGCUUUCAACAAUGAAGUGAAUGCAAAGGCCAAUCAAAACUGACGUGGAGUCAUUCUGAUUAGCCUUUUAUUUGGAGUUUGAGUCAAGAGAAGCAGCAGCAAGUAUCCAGCAGACAUGAAGCAUUUCAAGAACUUGCCGCUCUGUUUUUGGGGUGAGAAGGACCCCAGCUUAGAGUGGACCAGAACCAAAAAAAGGAGGAAAGAAGCAUUUUUUAAAUUUAGCCGGCGUGGUGCGGACGUGCUCUUAGACUCCCGUGGUGACUGUUAACUCCUCAUCUCUUAUAGUAGAAUUAAUGUUCUGCUUUUCCCCUUGUUGUUCUGCUGUAGUCCUGUCAGUCGUACCUUUUCAGCGCUGUCACAUCGAGCGAGAUCACCAGGAUCCAGCACUCGCCUGGAUCUGUUUCCUCUCACAUUCUUGUAGACUUGCACACUGAUGAAGUGCAGGCCCGCUGACUGACUCCGUGGAGCCAGUGGAAUUUAACUGGGGUUUUUUCACUUCCAGUCAUUGUUUCCAUUCUGUCCUGCAGCCGCUGGGACUCGUUAUAUAACAGGCACAUGUGCACACUCCCCUGUUUGGGUCAACCAUGGAAGGAUCUUUGAAUGUAGGGGCAAAUGUUUCGGGGUUUCGUGAAAGUGUUUAUUUUAGGAGGGGCUCUUUAUUUCUUUCUCCUCUUUUGUGAGACUGUGUGUUCUUGGCUGUAGCAGCUUGAUAUCCACACACAACACUUUCCACAUAAUGCCGGCCUCUACAGUAAGAAGAGAAUAUUUUGGUUCUGACAGCAGUGUUUAACAGUGAAAUACUGCCUGCAGCUGGGAAAAAGCUUGACAGUUUUCACAUUACCUCACUUUAUAUUCAACUAUUAGCACAUACUGACCAGUUUGACACGUAACCUACGAUUUCAACCCGACUGAAAUGUGUGGAAGUGUUGACGAAUGUACGUUUUCACUGUCUGUCAGAGACUACGGUGGUAGUCGCCUGGUUCACCGCUGGCUUUAUGAAGGUGGAGGAUGACUGUGAUUCCUGCCAGCACAUUGCAGAUACAGAUGAUUAAGUAUCAGCCAGCCUAAUCUGGACCUUUAAGCUUGUGUAUGUUACAUCAGCUCACAUGGAUAACGACAGCACAAUACAUAAGAUAACCCAGAAACACCCGACAACAUCACCAUCUGCUGCUCUCCUCGUCCGUCUUGCUCGUUCAAGUCGGCGCUGGCUUUGAAUUCACGAGUCUUCUGUCAUCCUGACUCCUUCUCACAUGUACGCACAAACGCAACAGCGACUCUGACUCCAUCCGACCAUUUGUUUGGUCGACGUAGCAACAAGAUAAAGCGAAGCACACCCGUUUUCUGGCUGCAUACUGCCUAACAGUGAGUUUGUCUAAAGGUGGAUUAAGGCCUUCUUUUUACACAGCAACUUAAAGCUAUGAGGACGUCUCUGUUGUGUCUGUUUACAGUGUUUCAAUAACAACUCUUAUAUAAAAAGAGUUCAGAGGAAUUUUAAAAGACCUUGGCGUACUACAUGUGAAGGCAUUCAAUGUACUUGUCAAGUAACACAAGAUUGCUGAUCCUAAUUGUACCUGCAACACUGCUUAACACUUCAUUUUAUGUGUCCUUGAUUUCCUAAUAAUUUCCAACAAGUUUCCUGGAAAAAAAAAACUAUGUUAUGUGGUGUUAAUUUGAGGGGAAUAGAAACAUCCUUAAAAAAAAAAAAAGCUCCUUUUAAACAAAAUAUUGUAAAGUUUAUUCUCCAUAUUUGUUCAGCUAGUCAUUUUAUUUGUUUACCUGU